AGACAAAUAUAUAAUAAGCAACAUAUAUAUGUGAUGAUUUUAAUUUACAGUAUGAAAACUAUAAAAUUAUUAUAUUUGGCAUAAUUAUACAAACAUUUAAAUAUGUGAGUAACAAUAAAAAUAUAUAAUAAUUAUGUAAAACAAAUAUCUAUAUAUAUAAAUGUGAAAAUAUAUACCCGCACGAUUGUGCGGGUGGAAAUCUAGUAUGUAUUAUUGUUACAGUUCGAAUGAAGGUAAAAUAAAACUAUCUUGUGGUUCGGUUCUAAGUUAAAACCGAGUUUUAGUGUGAAGAAAAAAUUGUCCCACAUCGGUGGUUGUGCGAGAUGAUUGUUUUCUCUGUGGGGUAUAAAAUGGGAAUGAGUUGGUAGAAAUAGAACUUACCCGUUUCUGUCAGAGGUAGGAUGAUUCGUCAAUGAUCGUUUAGUGACGACGAAUCGUGCCUCCAAAAUUUGACGGACAUUAUUUAAACAAAGGCGAAUGGGCCUGGCCUUACUUUGGUUGGUGCCUGCUCGUCAAUUUUUGGAAGCCUCGAUACAAAUCGAGGUUCAACCCUUGAUAUAUCAAAAUAAUUUUAAGUUAACCAGAUGUGAAAACUGUUUUGUUUACCAAAAAAAAAAAUGUGAAAACUGCUUGCAAAAUUCCGACCGGAUUCGCCAAAAUUAAAUUUCCUAAACCAGCUAGGGUUCAAAAGAUAUUAACUUCAUUCUUCACCCUUUGGCGGUCAUAUAGUGUUGUUUCAGUGUUGUUGUUGUAUCUUCAAAUCAUUAAUGGAAUACAUAAAUUAUUAUUUUGUCGACGCGAGUAGACAUAGGCAUGUUAACCCAAACCGAAAACCGAACCAAUGUUAAAAAAAAUUCCAUACGGGUUUAGAAUUCAACUAGUCCAGAUACCCGUACCUGAUUGGUUAUAUAUGAUAUCCAAACCAAUUAACCGAAGUAGCCGAAUAUAUAUAUAUAUAUAUAUAUAUAUAUAUAUAUAUAUAUAUAUAUAUAUAUAUAUAUCACCAAUCCUAAACUUACAUCUUCCAUUUUCAUUCAUCUUUUUGUCUUCUCCUUCUUCAAGGUAUAUGUUCAGUACAUACUCAAACUCAUUUUAUGACCGAUUACAUGUAUGAAUUACUAUAUUUUGCGAUUUCGAUUUAUAUUUGAUUACAAGUAGUAUUUGCGAUUUGUUUUCUCUCUGCUAUUUACACAAGCAUGAGCUCAAUCAUUCAUGAUAUCAUUCAGGUUUGAUUUCUAUUUGAUUUUGAUGUUUCUUUGAUUUUGAUUUAUGAAUAGAUGGAUUUUUACCAUUUUCUAUUCAAGAUAAUACAAAUAGAAAUUACACGAAGAAAAAGAAUACAUGCUCAUGUUCUUCAACGUAAUAACAAAUCAAAAAGAUCAUAAAUUUUAUAUUAAGUUGUUCAAUCUUUUAAAUUCAACAGUAUUGUUUCUGGCCUCGCAUGAUCAAAUAAAAGAUAUAUAAUUUUUUUUUAUUAUUUGUUACACAGUUUGGUUAUACCCGAAAUAACCCGAACCUGAUCAAAAGUAUAAAUUAAUCCGAACGGGCUCUGUACCUCUCCAUUCGAAAACCCGAAAAUCGGAAGCAACCGAUCUGAACACGAACGGGUAUCUGAACGCCCAUGCCUAGACACGAGUAUAACACAUUACCGUUUUAAGGAGAGAAGCAACCUCUAUUCGUUACGUUGCUGAUGAGUGUUCCACCUCCGUUUGCUCUGUCCCGGGUCGGGUCAGGUCAAAUUUGGGGCGGUUUCUGGAUUGCACCACGCGGUCCACACCCUUCGUUCAAACCCCAAUACUUGGGAAAGCUUGUGGGGUCCCGUGGGAAAGGUUAAUGACAUUGCGGUGGUUGUCUCCCGUGGAGAGUAUUUGCAUAAUCGUUGUGUUUCGAGGAUUGUGCAUUUCGACAUAAAGCCACAAAACAUACUCAUGGACAAACAUACUCAUUUCAGACAUUCGUUGAUGAAUACUCGGAUCAUGGCGGAGCUAUGUGGGUGGGAGGGGGGUCAGCUGACCCCUGUGAUUUUUAUAAAACAUGAAUUUCACUUAUAUAUUUUAGGUAGUUUUCAGAAUAUUUGGUUAAAAACCUUUAGUUUGACCCCCAUAACUCAAGACUAAUUCUUUCUUUUGACCCACUUUAAUAUCUUCUUAACAAUUUUACAUAAUUAGUUUAGUAAAUGACCCAUCUAAAAUGUGAUGCUAGCUCCGCCAUUCAUGACGAUCCGGUCACAGUGAUUGAUGAAAAGCGUACGUACAAUGUAAAAGCUCCUGCCAGACACCCUAUAUACGAAAACUUCCGGGUCAAGACUUUUAAAGCCCUAUUGACUUCCGCAACAUCAGAUGAGCAACUUACUGCUCUUGGAGGACUUCUUUAUCAGUGUCACUAUAGCUACAGCGCGUGCGGACUAGGAUCAGACGGAACAAACAGGCGGGUCCAGUUAGUACAAGGGAUGCAGCAUAACAAGUCUAAAACCGACGAUGGGACUUCGGAUGGAGCCAAAAUCACAAGUGGUGGCUCCGGUUAUUGGCCGUAACUCAUUGCGCAGCAGCCAACAAAUACACUUGUAUAUCAUUGAUGUGGUCAACAUUUAUGUAUAUUAUUUUAUGUCCUUUCACAUAUUAUUAUUAUGUAUAUUGGAUGUUUUAAGAUUCAGCAGAGAUACAAAGCAGCAACCGGGUAUUUGCCACUCAUUUUCGAAGGUUCAUCACCUGGAGCUGGCAAGUUUGGUUACCUCCGGAUCCGACGUCAUAUCUCGCUCUAAUUUCACCCAUUGAGACUUUCUCUACUUUUGGUAUAAACUUAUUAUUUUUAUUUAUU